GCAACCUGGACAGAUUUCCAACCAAUCAUAUCAAUUCGUAAAAUCCCCACUUUGCAUAUGAAAUAAGCUUUAUACCCUCAUAACUUCUGUUACAGAAUCAACUUUCCCUCUUGCACAAAAACUUUCAGAUUCUCCAAAAAUCCAUUUUCGUUCGCUUAGAAGAAAAUGGCAAGCUUCACCGCUAGCGCUCCAACCUCUUCCAUCGUCCGGGCGGCCCUUCUCCACAAGCCCUCCUUGGGGGCUCAAUCCUCUCCUCUUCUUGCAUUGCCAGCCAUGUCGAAGAGAGGAGGGAAAGUGAGGUGCUCAAUGGAGGGAAAGUCUUCCGAGGAGGAGAGCAACUCGAAGAUGGGGAUGAGCGCAUCGCUGAUGGCAGCAGCGCUGGCGGCGACUAUGUCUAGCCCCGCGGUGGCUCUGGUGGAUGAGAGAUUGAGCACAGAAGGCACUGGCCUGCCCUUCGGAUUGAGCAACAACCUCCUUAGUUGGAUCCUCCUUGGUGUGUUUGGUCUCGUUUGGGCUCUAUACUUCGUUUACACUUCCACUCUUGAGGAGGACGAGGAAUCAGGAUUGUCCCUCUAAGCUUAGAGCAUCUGUUCCUUUUGUGUUCAAGUCUUAAGAAAUGUAAAAAAAAAAUAUUAUGCAAAUGAGGUUGGGAUUCAUGGUGAUGAUGUUGUUGUAGUAAAAGAAGUCUACUCUCUUCAUAUUUGUUUGUGUACCUAUUUCCAACUGCUUUUGAGUCAUUUCUCUCUCUGUUUUUUAUAUAGUUGCUUCUUUGAUGACGCUA